AUGAUUGACAAAAGCGUCAUCUCCACUGCCCAUCGAGCUUUGGCCCUUCCGGAAAUCGUGGGUGAAAUCUUCUUUUCGAUCGACCAGUACCCUACGAGAAUCUGGCAUCACACACGUUGGUUACUGAACUGCGCCUUGGGCGAUAUGGAAGCAGAUGGUAAACCCCUCGACGAGGUCAUGAUAAACAUCUCCCCCGAUCGCCGUCAGAUUUAUGCCAACUUUGUAAAGACUGCGACUCUCAUAACCUACAGCCAGGAGACUGAAUCAGUGGUACAGACAGCUCUGGAAAAUGUGGAGGGUAUCCGCACCCCCAUUUUGAACAUGCCAAAUCUCCAGGUACUUCAUGUCGACCAUUCGAGUGGGCCCAUCUAUCUAUAUCCAAAUCAAUGGGACUGUCUCGCUGACCGGACUCUGAAGCUCUUUCCGACUUUGUUGGAUGUUCGAAUUGAGAUACCAGCCAUCCUUUAUAUCCCGGGGUUUGAGACUUUAUCUGAAAAUAUGCCACAUUUGGAAUCUUUGGAAUUUGCGGAGCUCUUGGACCUAUCGGAUGUAGAAGAUAGAGUGGAAGAUACAUUUAGUGAGGAUACGGACGACAACGACUUGGAUGAUGAGGACGCACACAGCUAG